AUGUGCGUCAGUAUCUCAUUUUGUUUUCAUAAACACCGUACAACCACGUCUAACGUGCUAAGCUGUUGCACAUCGGCAGGCCGCGAACAGAGAAGCAUGUCAACGGAGGCGGCAAACAUCUCACGCGUCACAUUGAUUGAUGUGGCGAUGAAAAAGGAAUAUCUCAACGGCGGCGCCACUGUGGCUGAAGCUUCGCCGCUUGGAUAUCUCCGUCUGUUUGUUGUACGUCUCUGGCAGCUGCUUCACGUGCAUCAUAUCCCUUAA